GCCAAAUUGACUCCUCAGAUCACUGGCUCACGGGGGAUAUGCAGUGCUGGCCGUAGGCGAUGACGAUGGUUGCCAUCAGCCCAAAUACUACACCACAAACUCGUGUCUACUCUACACGUAAUUAUUUUGCACAUUACACAGCUUGGCUUGAUUACAGAAUACAAUGGCUCACGUUCCCAGAAGCUUCCGUCUGCUAGAAGAGCUCGACAAGGGCGAGAAGGGCAUCGGGGAUGGGGCGUGCAGCUAUGGCCUGGCAGAUCCCGACGACAUUGACCUGAAGCAUUGGAAUGGCACCAUUCUCGGCCCGCCCCAUUCUGCGCAUGAGAACCGCAUCUACUCGCUGACGCUGUUCUGUGACGAGAACUACCCGAACCAGCCGCCAAAGGUUGUGUUCCUUUCCAAGAUCAACUUGCCUGGCGUGAACGCGACCAACGGCGAGGUUGAUUUGAAGCGCAUUGGCUGCCUGGGCCACUGGAAGCGCAGCUAUACGCUUGAGACCGUCCUGACCGAGCUCCGCCGCGAAAUGGCCCAGCCGACGAACCGGAAACUGCCCCAGCCGCCCGAGGGCACCACCUUUUAACUUUAUCUUCAGAAGCGACAUGUGUAUCAUGAAAUGGACUCACGUAUGUACCCUGCCGAAUGUUCUUUUGCACGCCGAAACUGACAGCCGCUCUCAUAGUGCCCCUGCUAUCAGCUCCCAUGCAGCCAUCGCUGCAUGUGCAGAGUACGCUGCGUGAGGGGCAGGGCCAAUU